CCGGCCGGGCGGCCAUGGCGGCUCCGCGGCGCGGGCCCGGCGCGAUGGCGGGGCCGGGGCCCGGGGCGGCCCCUCCGCGCCUGGCGCUGGCCCUGGCCCUGCUCGCCGCGCUGGUGGCCGUCAAGUACUACCGGGACGCGGAGGCGGCGCGGCAGCAGGAGCUGGCUCUGAAGUCCUUGGGGAAUGAGGGGCUGUUCCUCUUCUCCUCCCUGGACACCAACAAGGACCUGUACCUGAGCCCAGAGGAGUUCAAACCCAUUGCUGAGAAGCUCACAGGGGUUGCUCCAGCCUCAGAAUCUGAAGAGGAGGAGACGCUGGAUCCAGACGGGGAGACUUUGUCCAUCGUGGCCAAAUUCCAGCCCUUGCUCAUGGAAACAAUGACGAAGAGCAAGGAUGGUUUCUUGGGAAUUUCCCACGUGGCUCUGUCUGGGCUCAGGAACUGGACAGCCCCAGCAGCCCCUAUGAGUGUCCUGCUUGCCAGGCAGUUCAAAGCCUUUCUCCCUCCAAAGGAUAAUCUGGAUCUUGGGGAUCCGUGGUGGAUAAUUCCCAGUGAACUGAACAUCUUCACUGGCUAUCUCUCCAACAACAGGUUUUACCCUCCACCUCCCAAGGGCAAAGAGGUGAUCAUCCACAAGCUGCUGAGCAUGUUCCACCCGCGGCCCUUCGUCAAGACGCGCUUCGCCCCGCAGGGAGCCGUGGCCUGCAUCCAGGCCAGCAGCAGCUUCUACUACACCAUAGCCUUCCGGAUCCACGCUGAAUUCCAGCUGAACGAGCCACCAGACUUCCCCUUCUGGUUUUCCCCGGGGCAGUUCACAGGUUACAUUGUCCUGUCCAAGGACUCUUCCCACGUCAGGGACUUCAGGCUCUUUGUUCCUAACAACAGGUCCCUGAACGUGGACAUGGAGUGGCUGUAUGGGGCCAGUGAGAGCAGCAACAUGGAAGUGGACAUUGGAUACCUGCCUCAGAUGGAGCUGGAAUCCACAGGGCCCUCGGUGCCCACCGUGAUCCACGAUGAGAACGGGAAGGUCCUGGACAGCAGGGACCCCUCAGGGGAGCCCAUCCAGUUUGUGUUUGAGGAGAUCACCUGGCAGCAGGAGAUCCCCUGGCAGGAGGCAGCCCACAGGCUGGAGGUGGCCAUGUAUCCAUUUAAGAAGAUCUCCUACCUGCCCUUCACAGAAGCCUUUGAGAGAGCACAAGCAGAGAAGAAGCUGGUGCACUCCAUCCUGCUCUGGGGUGCCCUGGAUGACCAGUCCUGCUGAGGUUCGGGGCGAACUCUCCGGGAGACCGUCCUGGAAAGUUCGCCCAUCCUCGCCCUGCUGAACGAGAGCUUCAUCAGCAGCUGGUCCCUGGUGAAGGAGCUGGAGGAGCUGCAGAGCAACAGAGAGAAUGAGUUCUACAGCAAACUAGCCAAGCUGCACCUGGAGAAAUACAACUUCCCUGUGGAGAUGAUCCUCUGCCUCCCCAACGGCACGGUGAUUCACCACAUCAAUGCCAACUAUUUCCUGGACAUUACUUCUAUGAAGCCUGAAGAUGUUGAAAGCAGCAUCUUUAGUUUCUCAACCAAUUUUGAAGACCCUUCAACAGCAACUUACCUCCAGUUCCUGAAGGAAGGGCUGCACAGAGCAAAACCAUACCUGCAGCCCUAAAGCCAGGCACCUGAAUGCCCCACUGAGAUGGCCAAAGACUUCAGAGAUCUAUUUUGGUUACAGCAAAUCCUCCUCAUCCCCGUGCCAGACGUUGGUGUUGAACUGCAGGCAGUGCCAGGCUGGUGCUGUGCUCUGGAUCUUGGUUUGAGCCUGAGUUCCUGCUCAGUUCAGGCACAUUUCCACAGGAGUGCAAAUACUUGAAUCCAUUUCCAGGGCACCUGCCUGGCUGUGCCACCCACCCUCAUUUCUUUGCAGCUCCUGUUAAGCCUGGUGGAACUGGUGCACCCCAGAAGUGCUGAUCUCCAGGACUUGCUGAGUGCAGGGAGCAGCACUGCCAUUGUGACCAAACACUCGUGCUGAGGACAGAGCCACAGCCCUGGGCAGCUCCCUGCUCCCCUCGGGGCCAGCCUGGUGUCCUGGGCAGCUCUGGACACUGACAGUGACAAUCUGUGUGACAGGACUGUGGCAGCCCUGAGCAGCCCCCAGCGCCCUGUGUGACCUGGUGGCCUUGCUCAGGCAGGGUCUGUGCCCCAAGGGUGGCACAGGGACGCCAGAGUGGGCACCAGGGCAUCAGAGGGGUCAGGUGAGGAUCAGUUUGAGCCCCCAGGAGCUCCCCCAGUGACCCCAGGCUAAAGGACACAGCAGUGAGCAGUGUCCCAUCCAUCCAUCCCUCCCAGGGCUCCCUCCCCAGCAGCUCUGGGAGCUUCUCCCUGGUGCUCUGUCCCUCUUUGCUUUGAGCUUCCAGGUUGUGCUGGGUGAGGAACCAUGAAGUUCCCUCUGGGAACUGCCCUGAGAUCCUCACCUAGGUGAGGACUGGGCAGAUCUAAAAGCCAGAAGUACAAAAACAUUUUUUCAGCAUUUUUUUCCAAAGAGAUUGUUCAGACAUGAAGCCAUUAUCCCUUACCUGAAGCCACCCUGAGCAGUUGCUCCUACUCUGUGCCAAUGUCUGGAUACAGAAUGAGCAUCAUUUUGUAAUUUGGAGAAGGAAGGGUUAAGUGAAACGGGUUUUAAGGCAUAUUCCCACAGACAUGUGAGGGGACAAAGCAUCCUCAGCAGCCAGCCCUGGCUGGUGAUGCUUUUUCUGCUCUCUGAAGCACAAUUUUGUUGGACCAAACCAAAUUAAGGGAAAAGCCUUUUUUUCUUUUUUUUUUUUUUUUUUUUUUUUUUUUUUUU